AUGAGUAAGAGCAAAGAUGAUGCUCCUCAUGAGCUAGAGAGCCAGUUUAUCUUACGCCUACCUCCAGAAUAUGCCUCUACUGUGAGGAGGGCAAUUCAUUCUGGUGGUGGCAACCUGAAGGACACACUGUCAGUUGAGUUACACCCUGAUGGACGUCAUGGAAUCGUCAGAGUGGACGGGGUCCCAUUAGCCUCCAAAUUGGUAGACCUGCCCUGUGUUACGGAAAGCUUGAAAACUAGCGAUAAAAAAACCUUUUACAAGACGGCUGAUAUCAGCCAGAUGCUUGUAGCUACAGUUGAUGGUGAUCUCUGUCCUCCUGUGGAAGAGCCAGUUGCUAGUGCCGAUCCCAAAGCAAGCAAGAAAAAGGAUAAGGAAAAAGAGAAAAAGUUUAUCUGGAACCAAGGAAUUACUCCACCUCUAAAAAAUGUCAGAAAAAGAAGGUUCCGGAAGACAGCAAAGAAGAAGUGUACUGAAUCUCCAGAUGUGGAAAAAGAAGUGAAACGGUUGCUGAGUACAGAUGCUGCAGCUGUCAGUACUCAGUGGGAAAUAAUUGCUGAAGAUGAAACAAAAGAGACAGAAAAUCAAGCCCUUGAUAUCUCUUCUCCAGGAAUGUCUGGUCAUAGGCAGGGCCAUGACUCAUUAGAACAUGAUGAGCUUUGGAAGAUAUUCAAUGACCUUAGCAGCAGCAGUGAAGAGGAAGAUGAGACACAGCAUCAAGAUGAAGAAGAUAUAAACAUCAUCGACACUGAGGAAGAUCUGGAGAGGCAGCUACAAGACAAGCUAAAUACAUCAGAUGAACAGCACCAAGAAAAUGAAGGAAUGAAUCAGCUGGUUAUGGGAAUUCAGAAACAAAUUGAUAACAUGAAAGGCAAACUCGAAAAGACCCAGAAGAGGGCAAAACGACAGGAGUGUCUCAUUAUGAAAGUGGAAAAUCUGGCUCUCAAGAACAGAUUUCAGGCUGCUCUGGAUGAACUCAAACAAAAGGAAGACCGAGAAAAGGAGCAGCUUAGCUCUUUGCAAGAAGAGCUAGAAUCACUCCUAGAGAAGUGA